AAAGGGCUUCUUUGCCAUCUGCUAAAGACAUUUUAAUAAUUAGAUCAAUUAUGUGUAACUUUGAUAUCACUGUUUGACUAUAUGUUCACAAAAUUACCUUGCUUAGGAUAUUGCAGUUUCCCUUUCGCUCGAGCAGAUGCAUGGGUCUCUAACCACAUUGUAAUUAAGCGCAAUCCAGGUUUUCUAAGCUCAAAUCAGAUUUUAUUUAAUUCCAUAAAUGUUUACUGAAACUCUACCAUCUAGUGGGAUCAUUAGGUACUGUGACAUAUAAGUUCUGGAUGGUACAUCUAACUCCUGUUACGGAGAGAACUAUAUACACAAGUAAGAAUCAUAUAAAGUCUGCUCUAUUAAAGAUUUAAACAGGAAAGGUUGAAGAAGAGAAACAAUAAAUAAACCAGGAUUUCAUUCAAAAUACCACUAAUUUACAAAUCUAAGUAAUUACUGUAGUUUUUCAAAUACUAUGAAGCAAGAUGAAACCAGCUUUUGGCUAACUACUGCCUACAGUGUUAGUCUAGCAUUGGCCAUUCUGUUGUUAUACAAGCUGCGGGUAGAUUUUUGUUGCCUUGUUUUUGUUCAUGCUAAUUCUUUUUAGGCUUAGAUGAUCUGUUGAAAUCCUAUGCAUCAGUAAAAUCACAUCUCAACUGUCAGUUUAGGCGUGGUGAUUCCCUAAGUGAGCUUUUCUGUGUUCCCACCCAGCCUUUCAGUUUGUGUGUCUGCCUUUCUGUUAAUUAGUAUGAUCGAUUCAUUCAUUCUUUGGGAUUUCAAAAGAAUUAAAAGAUAGUGCAUGUAGGUGGAGACUGGAGGUGAGGCUGAGAGGGAGGAGGCAUUGCAACACCAGGGAAUAAGGCAGUGUCUAUUCAGAAAAGACCAGAAAUCAGAAUGGCCAAAGGAUUGGGAAUGGGAGAAAAUAGGUGGCAGCCUGGGCUUGGAGUUUAGAAAUUUUUCUACUGGAACGUAAGUACUGGAACUCUGGGUGAGAAUCUUCUCCAUCUCAUUCACUACAUGAAUGAGUAAGUAUUCACUGUACCGAGAAGGUAUUGAACAAGGGAAUGAUGCCACAUGAAUUCUAGCCAAGGGCUUGUGAAGAACCAGACUAACUGGAGGGAAAGUAGACAGCCUGAUUACACACUGCGUUUGAGCAGUAGGUAUGGGGGGAAAAAACCACGGCAGAUUCUUCAAAGAUAACCAAAAUCUCACUUUUCCCUUUUUUGGAAUCUUUCAUACACCUGGCUUUUUAAAAUUUUAUAAACCCAGCUUUAGUAAAAUAAUGAAUGUGUGCGUGCCUAUAGUUUUAAAUUCAGAAAGUAUCGCACGAUCGUCUUUUAAAACAUCUGGAAGCGUGUGCUACAAAACAGUCUACAAUAAAUGCGUUAGUUCUUUCAGCUCCGUCAGCACGAAGCGAAAGGUUGGUGGGGGACCGCAAGUGCGACGUCCGGGGUGGCUGGAUAACCCCACAAGAGCCGCGGGCACGCGGGAUUCAGGCUGGGCAGAAGGUGGGCGCACCCUGCAGGCGGCUAGCAUUCGGGCCUGCAUAUGGAGCGCGCCCCUGGGCCCAGCGGCCUCGCGAGACCGCCGUCCCAUGAGCGCGCGCGCGUAAGCGGCGGCCGCGGCGUCCUUCGAACGCUCCCAACGGCCGGCGGCUCAGUCCACUCUCGGAGCCCGGGAGCCACACCAUGCUCGGCCUAAUGCUGCUGCUUGCUGGGCUCGGUGGCUUGCUGGCAUCAGGACCCGGUUCUCAAAAUUCAUUUCUACAAAUUGUAGUUCCAGAGAAAAUCCAAACAAAUAUAAGUGAUAAUUCAGAAGCAGAUAAUGAACAGAUAUCCUAUAUUAUUGCGAUAGAUGAGAAGCCGUACACUGUACAUCUUAAGCAAAGUUUUUUUUUAGCACAAAAUUUUAUGGUUUAUUUGUAUAAUCAAGGAUCUGUGAAUUCUCAUCCUUCAGAUAUUCAGGCUCAGUGCUACUACCACGGGCAUAUUGAAGGACAUCCGAAUUCUGUUGUCACACUCAGAACAUGCUCUGGAUUGAGAGGAAUACUGCAAUUUGAAAAUGUUUCUUAUGGAAUCGAGCCUCUGGAAUCUGCAGUUGAAUUUCAACAUCUUCUUUAUAAAUUAAGGAAUGGAAAUGGUGAAUUUGAAGAUCUUACUGAAAAUAACCAAGGCAUAGAACAAAACCCAGUGGACUAUAAAAUUUUUGUAAGUGAAAAGUCGGAAUCAGCUGUUCCAGAUUUAAUUCCUCUUUAUCUAGAAAUGCAUAUUGUGGUGGAUAAAGCUUUGUAUGAUUACUUGGGCUCUGAUAGCAUGAUAGUAGCAAAUAAAGUCAUUGAAAUUAUUGGCCUUGUAAAUUCGAUGUUUGCCCAAUUUAAAGUUACUGUUGUGCUGUCAUCGUUGGAGUUGUGGUCAGAUAAAAAUAAGAUUUCUACAGUUGGUGAGGCAGAUGAAGUAUUGCGCAGAUUUUUAGAAUGGAAAAAGUUCUAUCUUACUCUAAGGCCUCAUGAUAUUGCAUAUUUAUUCAUCUAUAGAGAUCAUCCAUAUUAUGUGGGAGCAACAAUUCCUGGAAAGAUGUGUGUUACCCAGUAUUCUGCUGGAAUUGCUUUGUACCCCAGGGAGAUAACUUUGGAGGCAUUUUCCAUUAUUGUUACACAGAUGAUUGGACUCAGUCUGGGAAUAUCAUAUGAUGACACAAAGAAUUGUCACUGUUCAGGAGCCAUCUGUGUAAUGAAUCCAGAAGCUGUGCGAUCAAGUGGUGUGAAGACUUUUAGCAGUUGCAGUUUGAGUGACUUUGAAAAUUUUGUAUCAAAUAUGGGUGCCAAAUGUCUUCAGAAUAAGCCACAAAUGCAAACAGGUCCGGCAUCAAUCUGUGGUAACGGCAAAGUGGAGAGAGGUGAAGUGUGUGACUGUGGUACUGAGGAACAAUGUGGAGCUGUUAGCUGUUGUAAUUUUCGAACUUGUACACUGAAACCAGGAUCACAGUGUGAUGUAGGAUUAUGCUGCAGGAACUGUCAAAUUGAAAGAGCAGGUGUUCUAUGUAGGGGACAAAGACAUCGACAAUGUGAUUUUCCUGAGUUUUGUGAUGGAAACUCACCAGACUGUCCAUAUGAUAUAACUGUAAAGAAUGGACAUACAUGUAAUCAACAAUAUGUAUGUUAUGAUGGAGGCUGCCAGGACACAGAUGCACGUUGUGAGACCACAUUUGGAAAAGGUUCAAAAAAUGCACCAUUUGCCUGCUAUGAAGAAAUACACUCUCAAGCUGAUAGGUUUGGGAAUUGUGGUCUAAAAAGAGGUGAAUAUCAGUUCUGUACAUGGAGGAAUCUUCAAUGUGGAAGGUUAAUUUGUACUUAUCCUACUCGAAUUCCUUUUUACAGAGAAAAUGGUGCUGUGAUUUAUGCUUUUGUACAAAAUAAUUUAUGUAUAACUAUAGACUACAAAUCGACUCAAUCAAAACGAGAUCCAAUGAUAGUCUUCAGUGGCUCUCGAUGUGAUAAAGGGAGGAUAUGUGUAAAUCGUGAAUGCAUAGAAUCAAUGUACCUUAUAACUCUAGCAGAUAUUUGUGCAAAGCAGUGCGGAGGACGUGGAGUAACUCAGAAGGCAGCACUCACACAUUUGCUAGCAGAUCCAGAUCAGAGAGCAGCAGCCAAACAGAUACAGUCAGAUCCAGGUCAGAAAGUAGUGCUCAAACAUAUACCAGCAGAUCCAAAUCACAGGAAAGCACCCAAACACGUAACAGUAGUAACUAAUAAUUCCUUCAGAGGACAAUGGAUAUUACAGAGUGUCUCACUGAGAAAUGAAAAUUCCACCUUUCCUCCCUUGGUCACAGUCAAAGGAAACAAUAAACCGAGUGUGGAACUAUUUGCAUGUGCAUCUGUAUUUCUUUCUUCCUCUACCCCUGAUGCUUCAGUUCUGUCAUUUCAGGGCCUUCAGCUGAAGAUACUCACCUCAUCUCAAGCACCCCCAUCCCAACCAGGCUUCCUGAGUUCUUUUUCCCAACUCUCCCACCACCCACUCCUGCUUACCUGCCUGGGGCCUCAGGUGCUGGGAAUCUGCAUCAACUGCUUUUACUCAGGAAGAGCUCAUGAGUGGUAGUCCAUGGUCCUCCUCCUGGUAUUUCUCACCAGAC